UUCCAUGAGUUUCCUGUUAAGGAUCCCGGGUAUAAUCUGAACCAGGACGGCAUGUGUGCGGGAAGAGGGAGGUCUCGCUGCUCAGUCUCUCUCUGCUGAUGCAAAAUCCGGGCCAUACGAUCUGGCACAAAUGUUUUUUAUAAUCACAGGAGAAUUUGAGCGCUGCUGAGCAACACCCGCUGAUCCACAUUCAACCGAGUCAGCAAGGAUGUUUCAUCUCCACAAGGUGCGAUCGCCUCUGCUGCUGUUAGCUGUUCUGUGGAGCUGCCCGGGUUGGCUCACCGCAUGGCCCGGCACCAGUCGCAGCAAGCCUGAGGAUCAGCUGGACCCUAAUGUGAAGGAAUGGGGGGACUAUUCGGACCUCCCCCCGGGCGUCGAGCACGGGUUAGAGUUGGACCAAGAUCACGCAGACAACACAGGGGUUGGAAAGUCCUCAAUAAGCCUUGCUCCAGAGCUGGAUUUCCUGGCAGACUUUGCAGGUAUAAAGCGACUGUGGGUGAUAACAGCCCCAUCACACAAUGACCACUACCUUCGUAUGAUGGAGAAGCAGUUGGAAGACAUGGAGCAGAAAGGGCUGAACUGCCGUCUAGCCGAAAGAGACACAUUCAUCAUCACCAUCAUCCAGAAUGCAAUGAUGGAAGGUCGAAUCCAGAAGACAACUUUCCAAGGAGACGCCACAGUGGAGAGCCUGGACCCCGACACAGUUAGCAAACUGCUGCACUACCUGGAGCUCACCAGCCAGGAGCAAGGGUUCACCAUGCUGGUUCUGAAGAAGAACCUUCAGGUCAGUGAACGCUUCCCUUAUCCGGUCCGUGUUGACGCCAUUUUGGAGCUCAUUGAUCAGUUUCCUGUGAGGAAGCUGGAGAAGAUGACCAGAAAAGGAUCAAACUUGAGGUGUAAAGCCACCAAAAAGAAGGUUGUGAUGAAAAAAAGAAAGAUGAAGAAAAAGAUACUGAGUCCUCAGAGGCGAGGUAAUCUGACUUCUGUUGCGGCCUUACAAAAAAAACCUUCCCUGGACAUGAAAGCUGCCCUGAAGAGUAAAAUCCAGGAUAUACUGAGUGGACGCUCGAGGUUUGUUAUCCGUAAGGCGCCUGCUGCAGGCUCCGCGAGGGGAAAGGACUCCAGCAGCGGGGGUCCGACUCCUUCCAACGAGCUGGAAAGAAUCCAGGGGCUUCCAUCGGUGUCCAGCACUAACCCCAAAGUGAAGAAAGACAGGCCUGACUCUGUGGAAGAAGGGAAGACAAGAAACAAAGGGACAAACAAUGAAGACAAAAAGGAGCAGAAUGUAAAGGAUGGCACGCAGGAAGAACGUGAAACCAAGAAGAAGGGUAAAGGGAAAAAAGGGAAAAAAGGGAAAGGACGAGGGAAAAAAUCAAACAGAGAGCCAAGUGAGAAGGAUAAAACAGCUCUGAAGGACUUUUUGCACGCUUUAAAGGGGACAAGAAGGUUAAUGUUGAUAUCAACGCCCAGCAGGGACGCAACACUGUACGUGCAGCAGAGAGACGAGAGCGAGAAGCAACACUGCAACCUCGCUGUUAGGAAGGUCACCGUGGCAACCGUUGUGGGGGAGGGAAGUGAGGCCACGCUUACGCUGAAACACCACCAGCUCGAGUCGGAGCCUGCACUCAGUGGCCAAGCAGAACAUUUCUCAGAUUCAGGCCUGAUCUCUCUGUUGAGAGCGGAGCUCGGCCUGUCGUCCUCUGACCUCUUUUCCAUGACCGUCACGGACUACGACGUGAAACCAAAGAAAGUCUUCGAGGCUCCUCCUUCAGGCCCUGCUCUGUUUGAGUACAUAGACAACUUUCCAUCAAGGCGUUUGGAAAAAGAAAAAGAAAGGAGGAGUCCCCCGUCGUGCUCUAAUGAAAAGCAAAAGUCUGAGAACUCACUGCUAAGGUUCAUGUCUAAGAGGAGACUGCUGCUCAUCUCUGCUCCCUCAGAGGACGACUACUCCUUCCAACAGCAGCUCUCUGCUCUCAAUGGGCAGGAGUGUCAUCUGGGUAUUCGCCACUUCGCCAUGUUAAAGUUGACUGGAACUGGAGACAAAGCAGCAGGAGCUGUUGAGCUUUUUCCCCUAAAUGGUCACAGUCAGAGUGAAGCAGAGCCGUUGUCCCGUGACGCGGUGAACGAUCUGAGAGAGCAGCUGAAGAUCAGCAAGGACUACUUCAGCAUGCUGGUUGUGGGGAAGGAUAGCAACGUCAAGGCGUGGUUCCCAUCGCCCAUGUGGUCCAUGGAGAGCAUCUACGACCUGGUGGACUCCAUGGACCUGCGCCUCCAGGAAGAGAAGCUGCAGAAGAGACUCGGGAUCCAGUGCCCCGAGGACAGAGAAACAGGAGGCGUCGAGGGGGGGCCAUAUCCGGGCUAUGGCGAAGACGGGGCGGACAGUGCGUACUUGUAUCACCGGUCAGAGGAAUGAUGAGAAAUAACAAGGUAGAAGAUGCAAUGGAGUGGGGAUGAGCUAAUAAAAAAGGAAUCACAUUGUCAAAGACUUGUGUAUGAAUCAAUGUAAAUUUUAUGGACAUUGCAAACGUAAAGCAGAAAAUGUUCAGAUGGUUAGAGGCAAAAAGAAAAAAAACAUGUGCAUCCUUCUUCGUUUUUUUAUGAGAAUAUGGCAUUCUGUUGUCAUUUGCUGAUUACAGGACGAAAAUCUAUCUGAAGCCAAGAAUAUUGAGUCUGUGGCAACACUUCUAUCAACUUUAUUGAACACAUUCACUGUGUAAAGUAUAAAAAUAGAAAGUCCCUUUAAUGAAAUGAUGGUAGCAUUGAAA